AGCAUGGCCCCGCUCACAAUCCUCGAGAGCGGGCGGCGCCGAUGAUGAUUGGCAAUUCAGCGAGCCCUUCGUGGCGACGCGGAAAGAAGGGGGUGCGGCCUGAACAAAAAAAAUAGACAGGGAAUGGCAUAGACGGCCUCGGAUGGCAGGGGUCCUAGGCAGCGCCGCGAUCCUCCUAGAGGGGGCGGGGCUUGAGUCGGCUUCCUCGAGCUGCUGAUGGCCCUGAGAAGGCUGCGGAGGCUGAGGGCGGCUGUUCCUUGGCUCAGAAUGGGGAACAGUACAUCUGCUACAACAGACAUAUCUAAUGUUGCCACUGCUAACCAAAUACAGGAAACUAUCUUGGACAAUUGUGUAGUGAUCUUCUCAAAAACAACCUGUUCCUAUUGCAAUGUGGCAAAAACGCUAUUUCGGGAUAUGAACGUGAACUACAAAGCCGUAGAGCUAGACACAUAUGAAAACGGAAAUCAAUUUCAAGAUGUUCUUCAUCGAAUGACUGGUGGCAGGACAGUUCCCCGAAUAUUUAUCAAUGGAACUUUUGUUGGAGGGGCUACAGAUACUCUGAGACUCCAUCGCGAGGGGAAGCUGCUUCCUUUAGUGCACCAGUGUCAGAUGCCAAGAUCAGGAAACUUACAACAACCAUGUAGCUUUCCUUAACCUUAUUCUUGAUUGCUUAGCAUUUAGUCACUUUUUUUUUAACACCAAGGAUAUGUGCAUAUCAAGUAAAUAAGUGUUUUGGCAACUUGAGAAAAACAGGUAAUGAGUGGUUUAGAGAGCAUCUUUCUUCUAAUCUUCAAGUUGUCCUGUAAUUGCAGGUUUCAUUUUGGUAUUUCAUCCUAGUUCUUUACAUGGUGCUAGCAUUUAAUGAAGCAUGGAAUUAUCUUGAAACAUAUAAUAAUUCUUUUAAAAAGCAGUAUUUGGUAAGUGAAUAUGAAGCUGAUAUAUAUAUGUGAGCAACUGCUGGAUUAUAAUUGUGGCCAGAUUAGUUCUUAAGAUUGUUUGCUGGGGAUAAAUGUACUCCCCGUAACAAGAUAAAACUACGCCAGAGCAAACAUCUGGUUACAUGAGCUACCCAAAAGUCUUACUCCAAUGAGACACUAAUGCAACAAAAAGGAAGAGAACUGACCACUAAAAUAAACUUUCUUAAAUCUGAUUUUCCCCUCCUUGUCUGAAGGCGGCACACUGUGGAAAGCCAUUGCACUCAAGCCAUAAACCAGGAGGACAGGAGAUCAAGAGUGCAUGAAAACAAGUGUUUACAAAGCUUCUUUCUGUUUUGUGCUGGACUCAGAACUGUGCAAAGUUUUCCACAUGCAAAUAUGUUUCAGUGCCACCCACCUACACAGCUCAAAAAGUCAUUCUUGAAGGUCAAGUGCCACUUCAGGGCAGCAUUGUAUAAGACAUAAAGGGCUGUAGCUGAAAGGAAAAAUGGAUCACCGCUCAUGGCAGUGGGCAGCUGUGUCUUUUUGGUUCUAAUUCAGGACAUUUUUUUCAUAAUGAAGCAAAAGAGUGGGGGAUUCUGUGAGAAUGCUUUGGAAAAAAAUUAAGUUAAGAAGAGUAUCUGCUCCAUGUCAAUUCUCAGAGUUUCAGCUAGAGCUUAAAAGCAAUGGUAGCUCCAGAAUAUUACAUCCCCUCAUUAAGGAUGAACAAGCCCCUGAUUGCCACAGCCAGGCAGCUGGAGGGCAGUGCUAUUUUGCAAAAUGUGAUUUUCAAAAUCCAAAGGGGGUAUUUACCAGGGAAAACUGGUGGUAUGCAGGGCAACAAAUGCCCCUACUUUGGAGUCAUGCUGCUUUUGAAGAACUGAGGACAAAAAUAAAAAUGACCUGGGAAAUGUACUUUGUACAUUCUUGUAGAAUUCUUAAGCAGAAUAGUUAAGCACCCCUCUUGGCUGCAAAAUAUCCUUCCCCCUCCUUCCCAGCCCCAGUGGUAUCAUGCAAAUAAGCUGUUUCUGCAGGCAUUGAGAAUGGGAAAGUACCGUUCUAUUUUAAAUGUAAUGAGUCACAGUUUGGAAACUCUUAUCUGUUGUCUUGCAAAUACAUUCUUGGGACUAAAGGCAAGCCAGUUGAAGUAUUAUUUUUUUUUCUUUGUUGUCAAGAUAAAAAUAAAAUGAAGAAAUCUA